UAAUUUAAAACAGUCAGCUGCCCAUUAAAAUCCCUUGGCUAUAAAUUACCUAAUAGGUUACCCUAUUGUAUUUUCCAUUGUAGAUUUAUCGGACUGAUAUAUAUAUAAGGAUAUUUAGAAAUCUGAAUAAAAAUUAGAACGCAAAUUUAAAUUUUAAGUUUCAAAUUUUAAUAAACAUGGUUUCAAGACUCUUUAGUACAAGUUUUGACGAGGAUAUUGAUAAGGCUACUUCUGAAUUGAUUCCUAAAGAUCACGAUGAUAUCACCUUAUAUCUUGAGAUCAGUGAUCAAAUUCGUAGUAAAAGCGUUUCAGCAAAGGAUGCAAUGAGAGCACUCAAAAGAAGAAUUGCGCAUACUAACCCAAAUGUUCAACUUUUGGCUUUGAGUCUAUUAGAUACUUGCGUAAAGAAUGGAGGACAUCACUUUCUAAUUGAAGUGGCAUCGCGUGAAUUUGUUGAUAGUUUGAUGUUAAUUGUUAGGUCGCCUUCAACUAAUCCAGAGGUUAGAAUUAAGCUUCUCGGUUUAAUUCAAACAUGGGCAUUAGCUUUCGAAGGUAAACCUGAGUUAGUGCUUGUCACAGAAACGUAUCGGUUGUUGAAAUCAGAAGGUUGUGGUUUCCCAAAGAUUGAUAGAACAACAUCAGUUAUGAUUGAUACUGCAACUGCACCAGCAUGGACCGAUAGUGAUGAAUGUGUACGAUGCAGAACUCCAUUCACAAUGUUUAACCGAAAGCAUCAUUGUCGAAAUUGUGGUCAAACAUUUUGUGGUGAAUGUUCAUCCAAAACAUCAACAUUACCACAUUAUGGUAUAAAUGAUCAAGUACGCGUAUGUGAUCCUUGUCAUGCAAAGAGGCAAGUGAAAGCUAAAAGUGUUGAUCUUACAAAUUCCAAAAGUUUGUCAGCUUUUACAGCGCUUCCAACAUUGUAUUCAACUUCAUCUUUAAACGAUAGUUAUAAUAAUAAUAGUAAUAAUAAUAGUAACAUAUCAACAACCGCACAAAAUGACAAUGACCAAGAGGAUGAAGAAAUUAAAAAAGCAAUUGAGCUUUCGCUGAAAGAGGCCGAAAGUAAGAACCAUUUCCAACCGGCUCAGAAAAAAGAGGUUAAAUCAAAAGAACCUGUAAAUAAGCAGGAGGAAGAUGAUCUAGCAGCAGCCAUAGAAGCUUCUCUUCGUGAAAUGAACAUCAAUCAAUCUCGUUCAUUUUCAUAUACACAACAACCGUCUUAUAAUGCAAACUCUUAUAAUUCAUCAGCUUACACACCUUAUAGUUCUAAAUUAUCUAACACAACUUCAUCCCCCGCUCCUUAUGAAUUGUCAACAAUUGAAGCUGAAAACAUUUAUCAAUUUUCAGAAUUACUUGAAAGGAUUCAACAAAGUGGUGGAGAUUUGAUGAGAGAUCGCCAAGUUCAGGAAUUACAUGAUAGAAUUGGUGAAUUAAAACCGAAAUUAACUAAAAAUCUGGCCGAAACAAUACAAAAGCAUCAGGACCUUGUAGAAAUGCAUGAAAAAUUAGCGCAAGUUGUAAAAAUAUACGAUCGGCUUUUGGAAGAGAGAAUGUCCAGUGCAUAUGCUAGACGUUCAUAUCCUGUGACUCAACGUGCUACAUCAUCAAUUACUCCAAAUAAUGGAAUUACUUAUCCUACUAUUACAACCAAUGCUCAUACUUCCAAUAUAUAUACACAAUCGCCUUCUUACCCAGUUGCUUCAGCACCGGCGCCUUCACCAACUUAUUAUUCGCAAACAGCACCUCUCUCGCAACAAUACAUACCACCUCAAUCAAAUCCUGUAGAAAGUGUGCCGAUUGUUAACCAACAAGCACUUACAUCUCAACAACAGGCUCAGCCUCAACAAUCACAAUCAUCAUACGCGCCCUACGCAUAUACUUCAACGCCUAUAUCUUACACACCUAAUCUCAAUGAAAAUACAGUUAAUACUGCUGGAACUCCUAGUGAAUUUGGUUCGAACGUUACUACAAAUCAACAAGGUUAUAAACCACAAACAAAUGGUAUAAUUAAUAGUUCUAGUGCAUCGUAUACCCCACAAACGAAUGGAAUAGUUGGUAGCGCUAGUUCAUAUAAUCCACAAACAAAUAGCACCAAUUCAGUACCACAAUCAAAUGGUAGUAACUCAGUAUAUGCAACUUCGCAAGCAAGUUAUGGAUAUCAAGCACAAUUAGCACCUCCUUCACAACAAAAUUAUUAUCAAUAUCAAACCCCACCAUCUUCGCAACAGAUUCUUCCUCCAACUCAAAUAGAAGAGGCACCAUUGAUUGAACUUUAAAAAUAUAGAUGAUCAUUUUUUUUAGUCUUACACCUUCAUAAUAAUAAAUUUUGCAAGGUAUCAUCUUUAUUAAUUAUGAUAGGGUAGCAUAACUAUUUUUGUAUAAGAAUUUAAGGGCUAUUUAUAUUUUAUUUAUUUGCGAAGUUUUGAAGUUUUCUUAUAGGACAAUUUAAGAUAAAUAAGAGAAUUCU